AUGAAGGGACUUUCAGUACUUGGUCUUGGCCUUCUCUUUGCCAUCAUCACCGAGACAUACUGCACCCCCGGGGGUCUUGGUCCACAGGAAUUUGCAGGACCCGGAGAACAGGCCUUGGUUGAGGAGAACAGAGACGCCAUUAUCCGUAAGUUACCGUCUUUCGUGGAGGGACCUUUUGGACCCCUGAAGGCUCUGGUGUUUAAAAAGCAGGUUGUGAAGGGCACAAAUUAUUUUAUCAAGGUUAAAAUGCAAGGUGUUCAGCCCCGUUACUUACAUGUGAAAAUUUACACUGGUUUAAACAACCGAAGUAAAGUGGAAGAUGUCAUAUUCGUGGCUCAGUAUGAUCCAAUAGAAUACUUUUAAAGACAAGGAG